AUGGAGUUUUCUGUCAUUCUGGUCAAUUUGUCACUCCCACUCCCACUGUCACUCAGUCAUGGUCCGUGGCCUCUGCCUGUGUUUGGAAACCUGCUGGAGCUCAACUUGGACAGUCCUACAUCUGAUCUUCAGAGGCUGGCCAAACGCUAUGGAAGCAUCUAUAGUCUCAAGAUUGGUUCAAAGCCUGCAGUGGUCUUGAAUGGUCUUCAGGCUAUAAAGGAAGCUCUGGUUAACAAAUCAGAGGACUUCUCUGCAACUGCCCCGGGAGUGGUGUUAUCUGACUAUGGGCCAGGUUGGCGAGAGCAGCGACGCUUCGGUCUGAUGACUCUAAGAAACUUUGGCCUGGGAAAACAGUCAAUGGAGAACCGGAUUCUGCAGGAGAUUGACCGUAUAGUCAGAGUCCUAGAGCAGAGCACAGAUAAACCAUUUAACCCUAAGAUGAUUUUCCAUAAUGCUGCUUCGAGUGUGAUCUGCCAGGUCCUGUUCGCCAAACAGUUCGAUUAUGAAGAUGAGUUCAUGAAGUUUUUUGUGGGUCUUUUUCAUGAAACCUCCAAAAUAAUUAAUGGGCGUUGGGGAAUGAUUUAUGACUCAAUCCCAAUGGAUGCACAUGAAAGAAGAAUGGAGAUUUUGGCUGAAAACAAAAAUACACGAGUUCCAGGCAAACCAAGACAUUUUAUUGACAGCUACCUGGAUGAAAUAGACAAGAGAGGUGAAAUGAAGUCAUCUUUUACUGAAGACCAGCUCUCUGCGUUUCUCCUGGACUUGCACUUUGCUGGGACUGACACAACAGCCAACACACUGCUUAGCGCCUUCCUCUACCUCAUGAACUACCCACGAGUGCAAGAGCAUUGUCAGCAAGAGAUUGAUCGAGUUCUGGAUGGAAAAAGACAGGCUACCUUUGAAGACAGGCACCUGAUGCCCUACACACAGGGGACUAUGGUCAUUCCUAAUCUGUCGUCUGUGCUGAGUGAGGAGGGUCAGUGGAAGUUUCCUCGUGGCUUUCACCCUGAGAACUUCCUCGAUGAUCAGGGAGAGUUUGUGAAGCCAGAGGCCUUCAUGCCCUUCUCUGCAGGUCCUCGGAUGUGUCUGGGGGAGGGUUUGGCUCGAAUGGAGCUCUUUCUCAUCACAGUGACACUGCUCAGAAAGUUUAAGUUCAUCUGGCCUGAAGAUGCUGGAGAACCCGACUACACUCCUGUGUUCGGUUCCACCCAAACCCCGAAGCCCUACCACAUGAAAGUUCAAAUGCGAACAACUGCCUGA